AUGGCCUUAAAACUUUUUUUCAUGUUUCAUAUCUUGAUUUUUGCAAGAAUUAAGCCUAUUCUGGGGAAUAAUUUAAAUAGCCGUGAUGAAAAUUGUUAUACCCCACGAGAUAUUCCAUCAGAUAAUCCUUUAGGUUGUUAUGUAUUAAAAAAUAAUUCUGUCGAUAGUUUAAAUGGCCUUUCAAGUUUAAAUUUGCCUAACGUUUACAGGGACCGUUAUGGCUUUAUCAUGGAUCCUGGAUUAUGUAUUAUCCGGUGUACUGAUUUCCUCUUUGAGAUUGCAGCACUUCGGAAUGGGAGUCAAUGUCAAUGUGGAAAUUACACUAACUUAACACCAUCAUAUACUAUAACAAAUGACUCAAUUUGUAAUGUAAAAUGUAUCGGUAAUUCAAGUUAUUAUUGUGGCGGGGAAGAAAGUUAUACGGUUUAUAGAACAAAAGAUGGUGUAUUAGACAGUCCCUUUUGUGAUCAAAAGAUAUUGAAUGGUACGAAACUAGAACUUGCAAGCAUGACGGUUAACAAAUGUAUUGACUUUUGCAGACAAAACAAUUUUGAAUAUGCUGGAUUAGAAAUGGGAACUCAAUGUUUUUGUACACAUAAUUAUGAUCAUAUAAAUCAGUUAAGUUCAGAUGAAUGUAGUACUAGUUGUGCUGGUGAUAACAAUCAGAUUUGUGGAGGUCCUUUAGCUCUUAGCGUAUAUAGCACUUCUAACAAUAUCCCAUUACAAAUAAUUCUUCCUUGUGUUUUUGCUGGUGUUCUUUUAUUAGCGUUAAUAGCUACUGCUGCUUGGAUUAUUUAUAAACGCAAGAAAGAAAAAAGGAUUAAGGGUGAGGAUCCGCCCAGUAUGCCACUACCCCCUCAAGACAAUUAA